CCGUGUCGUACGUAACCUCUCGCUCUGGAAAAUGUCUGCUCUCCGCGUUGUCGUCAAACGAUCCAUGUGGCAUUUUUAUUGAUUUUAUCGCAUCCCGCCCGCAACAGCUCCGUCUUCCACUCAGAAGGCCUUCCCGGAGGAACCGCGAACAUACCCCGAUACCGGAGGCCAUGGGCAAUCCCACUCGCCGACAUGGAUUCCUCUCUAUUUCUAGCCCAGACCGGAGACCACCGAGGCAACGACACACGGUCCAAACAGCACACCCCCACCUCCAGAGCAUGUCGUUGCUGAUUUUCACCUGCAGGGUUGUCUCAGCGGCCUUGACCUCACACGCACACUGCGCCGCAUAUCCCAAGCACCCCCUCAAACAAGACAUCGAUUAUUGGUCACAUAUGCAGCAUACAAGCGUGGCUGCCCACGCCGCCGAAACGCUGGCUCACCUGCGACAACGUCUAUCACGGACCAUGUGUUCGCCUCUGCUGUGUAAAGGGGCGUGCACUAGCCCAAGGAGAAUACCGGUAUCAGUCCGGCACCCGGUCUCAUGCAAACUCUGUCUUGUUCCAUCUCGAACAGAACAACAACGAGAAGUCCUGAAAGCUAUUCCAAGAUACGCUGUCUCUCGUUGGGCGAUGCCGUAAUGGAAGCCGGAUUUGAAUGCGCCUUCGUCCGGCUCCGCAUCCUCGCUCUUGGGUGGACAUCCGGGAACCGAUGAACCGCGGUAUAAAAAUAAAAAUAAAAGAAAAAGGCCUAAUUGUCUGCAACUCGCCCCGGCAGCCCCUUUGAUGACCGAUUCCUGGCCUUUUUCCCACAUCCAUCUUUGUGGAUCAUCGCCAGUUCCAUCCAUCUCCGCCCUCGGACUCGUCGGAUUGACGAGUCACCCAAUCCUCCCGAGAUGGAGUAUUCCCUGGGCUACAAUGGGAUGAACAAUUCUUGCCCUGCGAUCACGGAUUCGCCGGCUUGGGCUGUUCGUUGUGGCGUUUCCAAUAAUCCUCCC